AUUAAGUACGACAUUCCUAAUUUUUACUGCCAAGGUGCCUAUCUAAUUAAAGGACGUUGUUUUACCUUGUAUUCCAGACUCAGUACUGCUGAUAAAAUUCAACAUGGCCGAUAAAAUAGAAAAAUAUCUUCCCCCAACUUCAAUAAGUGAAGUUUCCCACGUUAAAACGAUGGACCAAUACAAGGAAAUGUACAAGCAAAGUGUUGAAGAACCGGGGAAGUUUUGGGGCAAGAUUGCAGAAACCUUCUAUUUUAAAAAGCAGCACGAAGGUGAAUUUUUUGACUACAAUCUGGAUAUACGAAAAGGGGAAGUUUACAUUCGAUGUUUAUCUGAUGCAACAACCAAUAUCUGCUAUAAUUGUCUUGAUAGAAAUGUGAAGAGUGGGCAUGGUGAUACAAUUGCAUUUUAUUGGGAAGGCAAUGAUCCAAUGGACAGUACCAGCAUCACAUACAAGAAGUUACUGGAUGAGGUGUGCAAGUUUUCAAAUGUACUGAAAUCCCUGGGUGUAAAGAAGGGUGACAGAGUAGCCAUCUACAUGCCCAUGAUACUUGAGCUUGUGGUGGCAAUGCUUGCUUGUGCAAGGAUAGGAGCUGUACAUUCAAUUGUGUUUGGAGGCUUUUCAGCUGAAGCACUGAGCAGUAGAAUACUUGAUGCAAAAUGUGAUGUCCUUGUUACAGCAGAUGGUGUGUACCGGGGCACAAAGUUAAUUGAUUUAAAAUCAAUUGCUGAUGAAGCUUUAGAACUUUGUACUAAAGAUGGACAUUCUGUAUCUGCAUGUGUGGUGGUGAAACAUAUAACUGCAAAUAGUUAUUGUGAUGAUAAGACUGAACGUCCAGCAAUGAGACCUUACUCUGGUUUCAAGAUGAGUUGGAACAAAGCUGUGGAUCGUUCAUGGGAAGAUUUGAUGCAAUCCGCAUCCAAUGAAUGUGAGCCUGAAUGGAUGAACAGUGAAGAUCCUUUGUUUAUUCUUUAUACAAGCGGAUCAACUGGUAUUCCUAAGGGUGUUCUACACCAUGUUAGUGGGUACAUGUUGUAUGCGGCAACGACACACAAAUAUACAUUCGAUUACCACUGUGGUGAGGUCUACUUCUGCACCGCAGACAUAGGAUGGAUAACUGGCCACACUUAUAUUACAUACGGUCCAUUACUUAACUGUGCUACUUCAGUGAUGUUUGAAGGUACCCCCCUCUUUCCAGACGCCAGCAGAUACUGGGCAAUCGUAGAUAAAUAUAAAGUUUCUAAGUUCUACACAGCUCCAACGGCUAUCAGGUCUCUUAUGAAAUAUGGAGAAGAACCAAUCAGAAAAUACAGCCGAUCUUCACUGAAGGUUCUUGGCACAGUUGGUGAACCCAUCAACCCAGAAGCUUGGUUGUUCUACCACAAAGUUAUUGGAAAUGAAAGUUGUAGUAUUGUGGACACUUUCUGGCAAACUGAAACUGGCGGCCAUGUAUUGACCCCCUUCCCAGGAUGCACACCAACCAAACCUGGUUCCGCAACCUUCCCAUUCUUUGGCAUUGUACCUGCCAUAUUAUCAGAUGAAGGGGUGGAAAUUGAAGGACCUGGGGAGGGUUAUUUGGUAUUCAAGCAGCCAUGGCCAGGUAUGAUGCGAACAGUGUUUGGUGAUCAUAAACGUUUUGAACGAACAUAUUUCACCAAGUUCCCCGGGUAUUAUGUACCUGGUGAUGGAUGUAAGAGAGAUGAGGAUGGCUAUAUUUGGAUCACUGGAAGAAUUGAUGACAUGAUUAAUGUAUCAGGCCACCUACUAAGCACUGCAGAAGUUGAAUCGUCAUUGAUAGAACAUCCACAAGUAGCUGAAGCUGCCGUGGUAUCAAAACCACACAGUGUGAAGGGAGAAUGUCUUUAUUGUUUUGUCACAGUACUACAGGGGUCAGAGUUCAACAAAGAAUUGGUCAAAGAAUUAAAAGAAAAAGUCCGCCACCACAUUGGAGCAUUCAGCACACCAGAUUACAUACAGAAUGCACCGGGCCUUCCUAAAACUAGAUCUGGGAAAAUCAUGCGUCGGGUAUUACGUAACGUUGCUAAGGGCAACCGUGACCUGGGUGACGUAUCGACGAUGGCUGAUGCCUCAGUUGUUGAAGUUCUUUUCCAAAACAGAGUUGAAUAAUAUCGUCACAAAACGAUGAUGCAAUGCUGACGUCAUUGAAGCAAUUGACUAUAGCAGUGGUGUUAUAAUCUACUUGGUUUAUCAACUAAUUAUGCUUCACUAAAACCGCCUACCUCCUAAAGUGAACUUAACGUUUUUUAACUCGUUCCACUUAGAUGCAAAACUAAACGUUUUUCCAAACUAAACCGAACAAAGGUUUUAAAUUUUGCAUAGCACAGGUUCCAAACCUGGGAUGGCAGGGUGAGUUAUGUGCACUGCAUUAAUGAGUAAACAUUAAUACCAAUAAUUUAAAUUGCUCUUAAAAAUGUGAACCGACUAUUCCUGCCACCCCUGCAUUUAAAAAACUUUGGCACUUUUUCGCUAAGUACAACCUAUUGUGUAGAGGUAACUAUGUUUUGACCUUUUUGCGUUUUAUAUAUUUUUAUACUCAUUCCAAAAACAUUAUUUAGUCCACUGCUCCUUCCACUCAUAUGUAAAGCUAUGUUACUAUGGCACAUUGUAAGAUUUGAAAUUUGUUUUAUUAGUCAGGGCGAACAUAAUUUGGAAAACCGCUAUUGCAAAUAUUUAACUGUCUUUGUAGGGCUGUGAAAAAACAUUGUUAUUGCUUUGAGUUUUCGAAUACAGCAGCUAAUA